UGCUCCGCUCAGUCCAAACACCAACUCAGCUUCUCCUACCAGCCUGUAGAGCUCAGCUCGGUCUCCAGAGCUCCUCCUCCUCUCUGUUCUCAGUUCUCUCUCUCUGUCUCUCUGUGAGUGUGUGAGGUCCAGCAUGGCUCUGCUCGGCUCGGUUCUGAACGCGGCUCCGCUGCUCCGCGCUGGAAGCUCCUCUCGGCUGCUGCUGCCGGUCUCUGCGCUGCACGGUUCCUCCACCAGCCGCUCUCUGGACUCCGCCGCCGCGGCCCCCGCCUCCGCCUCUGAGCACCCCGGGCUCUCCGGCGAGGUGGCCGAGGGGCGUCAGGUCAAGAGCCUGCGGGAGAUGCCCGGACCCGGGGCCAUCAGCAACCUCAUCGAGUUCUUCUACAGAGACGGGUUCAGCCGCAUCCACGAGAUCCAGCUGGAGCACAGUCAGAAGUAUGGGAAGAUCUUUAAGUCGCGCUUUGGGCCGCAGCUGGUCGUGUCUAUUGCAGAUCGGGACCUGGUGGCGCAGGUGCUGAGGGCUGAGGGCCCAACACCUCAGAGAGGAAACAUGGAGUCCUGGAAGGAGUACAGAGAUCUGAGGGGACGCUCCACUGGCCUCAUCUCAGCUGAGUCUGAUGAGUGGCUGGAUAUGCGCAGUGUGCUGCGUCAGCUGAUCAUGCGUCCACGCGACGUUGCCGCUUUCUCUGAUGAUGUUAAUGGAGUUGUUUUCGACCUUGUGGACAAAGUGCGUAGACUGCGCUGCCAGCAGCCAGAUGGGCUCACUGUUUUCAACAUUAAUGACCUGUUCUUCAAAUAUGCCAUGGAAGGUGUCGCAUCCAUCUUGUAUGAGACCCGUCUGGGCUGCUUGGAAGACGAGAUUCCCAAGAUGAGUCAGGAAUACAUCGGAGCACUUCAUCUCAUGUUCAGCUCCUUCAAGACCACCAUGUACGCUGGUGCCAUCCCCAAGUGGAUGCGCCCUGUUCUGCCCAAACCCUGGGAAGAGUUCUGCAGCUCCUGGGACGGUCUCUUCAGAUUCAGCCAGAUCCAUGUGGACAAAAGGUUGUCCGAUAUCAAAAAGAAGGUUGAGCAGGGUGAGGAGGUGAAAGGUGGGCUGCUCACACACUUGUUGGUUACCAAAGAGAUGAACUUGGAAGAGAUCUAUGCCAACAUGACUGAAAUGCUGCUGGCUGGUGUGGACACGACCUCCUUCACGUUAUCAUGGGCAACAUACCUGCUGGCCAAACAUCCCACAGUGCAACAGGAGAUCUAUGAGGAAAUCACCCAGGUGCUGGGUGGGCGGGUCCCACAUGCUGAUGAUAUUUCUCAGCUGCCACUCAUAAGAGGACUGGUCAAAGAAACCCUUAGGCUUUUCCCUGUUCUUCCUGGCAAUGGCCGUGUCACACAGGAUGACCUCAUCGUGGGUGGUUACUUUAUCCCUAAAGGGACACAAUUGGCUCUUUGUCAUUACUCCACCUCUAUGGAUGAGGAAAACUUCCCCAGUGCAGAAGAAUUCCGUCCAGACCGCUGGCUCCGGAAAGACGCUUUGGAUCGGGUGGACAACUUCGGCUCCAUCCCGUUCGGCUACGGCAUCCGGAGCUGCGUUGGCAGAAGAAUAGCAGAACUUGAGAUGCACUUGAGUCUUACCCAGCUCCUUCAGAAGUUUCGCAUCGAGGUGUCUCCACUCACCGGUGAUGUCCGAGCCAAAACCCAUGGCCUGCUGUGUCCUGGAUCAUCAAUCAACCUCAAGUUUGUUGACCGUGUGUAGACCCCUGCCUUGAAUGUGUACAUAUGUAUUUUAAUGUAGUGUUUGUAUUAAAGCAUUGAGAAUGUUAGAUUGCACUUUUCAUGUCCAGUUAAAAAUAAUCUUCCCAAACCAAUUUUCUUAUCGCUGAUCAAGCCACUAAUGUGGGUAUGAUCUAGUUUGGACUGUGCCUCUGUGCCUUUUUCUUGUUGCCUUUUUUUGGGGGGCUCACUUUUGAGUCUGAGUGGUGAGUUAAAUGGCUUAAAUCUGCCUGAUGGACAAAGCCUUAUGAUACUUACAAUUGUUGAAUUAAUUAUGUUUAAAAUGUUACAUUUUAUAUUGUUUUUCCCCAAGCGUAAUAUUUCAAGAAAAUACUAUUUUUGAUGACUAAUGCAAAUUCACCUAUAUAUGUAAAAAUGGCAUAUACUGUCCUUUUGAUUUUACAAGCAGUGUUAGUAAAGCAUUGGAAAGAGGGGUUUGGAGUGGGGUCUACAAGGGACCAAUAUUGAAAAAAAAUGCUCUUGAGAAUCUAAAAUAUCUAAUGUGAUUUUCAACUUUUUCAUUUAUCAUUUUCAUGUGAUUUAAAAGAUGUUUUGUACUACUGUGCAUAGUUGUGAUGUAACACUACCACUUUUAUAAAUAAAUAAGUCUGUAUUACAUACUAAGAUAUAUUGCUUUUUUACUUUAGAAAAGUCUGCAGAUUAACUGAACUUUACUAAUUGUUUUUUACUUCUCAUGAAGUACUGAAUGUGUAAUUAGUGCCUAAUUGUAUUGUUGAAAUAUAUUUUUACAUUACAUUACAUUACAUUACAUUACAUUUGGCAGACGCUUUUGUCCAAAGCGACUUACAAUAGUCAAGUACAAUGUAAAAAGAGUUUAAAGGUAAAACAUCUUUGGAUAGGGAUAAAAGGAGGUCAAAGGGGAAUAAUAGGAUAGAGGAGUGAAGGAGGGGAAGAAGGAAAUGAGGUUAGAAGUAGUUAGUGUGUUAGAGGUGUUAAGAGAGUAAGUGCUAUUUGAAGAGCUCUGUCUUCAGGAGUCUCUUAAAGAUAGUGAGAGAUUCUCCUGAUCUGGUAGUGGAAGGUAGUUUGUUCCACCAUUGGGGAACUCUGUAUGAGAACAGUCUGGAUUGCUUUGAUUUGAUCAUGUUCAAAGUGUUUUUAUAUCAAAUUCAUUGACUGAAGUGACACAAAUCCAUGCUAAUAGUGUUACAUUGUUCUUUAUUCAUUCAUGCAGUACAGUUUAGUUUUGUUAUACAAACAAAAUAUAAUAAAGGUGACUGUUUCUAACAUGG